AUGGGCCGCCUCGAUGGGAAGGUCGCCCUCGUCACUGGAGCAGGCAGUGGAUUCGGUGAAGCUAUUGCCCAUGCCUACGCCGCGCAAGGAGCCAAAGUGCUUAUAGCGGACAUCGCUGUGGACAAUGGGCAGAGGGUUGCCAAGGCAGUUGCAGCUAGGAGCUAUCCUGGAGAAGCGAUUUUCGUGCAGCUGAAUGUCACAAAGCGCAGCGACUGGGAGCAAGGUCUGGAACUGGCGAAGCAAAAGUUCGGAAAACUCGACAUCGUGGUCAAUAACGCAGGAACGACGUACAAGAAGCAACCGAGCAUAGAGGUGUCCGAGGAGGACUUUGACAGGAUCGUGGCCGUGAACAUCAAGAGCAUAUAUCUGAGUGUCUCGGUGGUGAUGCCUUAUUUCGUCGGGAGGAAGAGCGGUGUCUUUCUGAGCACUUCGUCAAUUGCCGGUAUGAGAGUGCGUCCAGGUCAAGUGUUUUAUGGAGGCACCAAGGGCUUUGUGAACACGAUAACUCAGGGACUUGCCGCGGAAUAUGGACCGGAGGGUAUCCGAGUCAAUUCCAUCUGCCCUUUGAGAAGUGCAACUGGUCUGCUUGAAUUGUUCAGUGGAGUUCCUGACACGCCCGAGGAGAGGCAAAGAUUCGCACAAUCUGUCCCUCUGCGGCGCAUGUCGGAGCCAGAUGAUGUCGCUAAUGCGGCUGUGUAUCUCGCGAGCGACGAGGCGGCCUUUGUAACAGGCGUCAACCUGCCGGUGGACGGUGGGAGACUGGCUAUGUGA